AUGUGGCCCAACCCCAAGAGCGCCCUCCUCCUCCUCCUCCUGGCCCACUCGCUGGCCGUGGGUGCGUCUCCGAUCGAGCUCGAGGCGCGACAGUCGUGCCCGGGCGUGCACGUCUUCGGCGCCCGCGAGACCACCGUGGCCCCCGGCUACGGCACGGCCGGCACUGUCGUCAACCUGAUCCUCGCCGCCUAUCCGGGUUCGACCUCCGAGGCCAUCAGCUACCCGGCCUGUGGCGGGCAGGCCUCGUGUGGCGGCAUCGAGUACGGCGUCUCGGCCAACCAGGGCACCGCCGCCGUCGCCUUGGCCGUCAACAGCUUCAACAGCAGGUGUCCCGACACACAGCUCGUCUUGGUCGGCUACUCGCAGGGUGGCCAAAUCAUGGAUAACGCCCUCUGCGGCGGCGGCGACUCUGGAGCCGGCAUUUCCAACCCCGCGGUUCCCAUCUCUGCCAGCGCCGUCAACAUGAUCAAGGCGGCCAUCUUCAUGGGCGAUCCCCGGUACAUCAGGGGCCUGCCUUACAACGUCGGCACAUGCACGGCGCAAGGGUUCGACCCUCGGCCGGCCGGCUUCACCUGCCCCUCGGCCAGCAAGAUCCAGUCCUACUGCGACGCGGCGGAUCCGUACUGCUGCACCGGCAACGACCAGAACACGCACCAGGGCUACGGCAACAAGUACGGCCAGGCGGCGCUCACCUUUGUCAAGAGCAAGCUGAGCGGGUCCAGCGGCGGCGGCGGAAACGGCGGCGGAAACGGCGGCACCACCCCCCCUCCUGCUGGGUGUUCUGCCAUGUGGGGACAAUGCGGCGGUGAGGGAUGGACGGGCCCUACUUGCUGCUCGCAGGGGACGUGCAGGGCUUCGAACCAGUGGUACUCGCAGUGUCUCUAG